UGUUUGCAGAUGUUUCAUUUGGCCGAUAAUGUAAAAGAACGAAAGAAAGAGAAAGAAAAUGAUAGAAAGAAAGAGAGAAUGGUAUCAUGCUGUUAAUCAACUGCAGCCUUUCGAUGCAGCUUUCCGAAAAAAAUAAACCGAUACGUGUAUUCAAAUGUUAGCUUCCCCGGGAGAAUGAUAGGCUGCAUGUAGGUCAUAUUUCAAGUAUAAUUGAGAUUUAUGGACACAAGUGCAAAUCCCGAAAGGUUGUCCGUAGCAUAUUUCACACAAGAAGAGGCGGUGUCGAAUAGUGCUCGAGAUCCGCUACGACUGUGUUAGUCCAACUUCACCUCCAGCGGUCGAGCCGUGUUCCUCCCCUGGCGAAGGACACACAAGCUGUAGCUUUCGUGACAUUUCUGGAAUAGCUUCCAGUGUAAUGGGAAAGGGGAAGGCGAGACUCGCUCCAACCAUCGCUUUCCUGAGAUUUCUUUCGCCUUUGGAGACUAAUGUAGAGUCCCUUCUCUCCUCCGGAAACGGUAUUAAAGUGCUCCGUGGUGCAGGGAGACGGACUAAGCGGUAAAUUCCUUCCUGGGAAAAGUAGCGGUUAAUGGACGUUUUUACACCAAUAUUAGUUUUUAUUUGGUUGGUCAUUUGGAAUCACGAAAGGACUAUUUCAUUCUUCAAUGCGCAAUUGUCAUGUGACAUUUCCUCCCGAUUCGACGAAUUAAUAGGACAAGUGGCCAGUGGAUUUUCAUGCAACGGAAUACCUGGGUUUUGCGCACCAUUUAGAAGUUUGGUUCUCGUAGGCUAUUUAAAUUAGUUCUACUUGAUAUGCGUAUGUGACUACGAUUUAUUGGGGAAUUAUAUUUGUGUAUAUUUUUAAACGAUACUAAUGGACAAUUUCAUGUUUUGAAAACCAUUGUUUAAAUUCCAAAUUGGCAGUUGUGGUAGUUUUGCGCCUGCGUGGGACUUUUGCCUCGUAAUUAGCUAAUAAAAAGUGCGCUGAAGCGAAGCUAGACUUGUAAACAAUGCUUUGAAGCGUAACAUUUGUUACUGACUCAUUGCAUCUACCAUCUGGUACCCUUUAACAUCAGCAAAAGACGCCGAAACCUAUGCUGCACACUGGGAAUUUCUUUCUCUUCAUGUGGGUUUUUCUUUGGUAGAGCAAUAUAAUGAAGCGGACACUGAUGUUCUGGGCGGCUGUCGCGCUGCUGGCGCUAGCCUGGGCAGGGGCCGACGCCGGGGAGCGGCAGGCUGAGGGACGGGGGAAUCUCAGACGGCUUCCAAACAAAGCGCACUCGCAGUCAGAAGCGCGGACCGCGGCCGGCGGCGACGCUCAGCCGGCGUUCGGCGCGGGCGGACAGGGGAGACCUGGCGCUGCGCACCUACGUCAGUUCGCGGGACGCGCGAUGCAGACCAGACGGAUGCUGGCGGGCAGGAGACCCGCCCAGCAGCAGGGAAGCCCUCGACUGAACGGCAUGGUUCAGGACGACGGGGCCCCAAGGUCCCGGGCGAGGCUGACCCGCGUGCCCAGCGGCGCGGGGUCCCCCAACCUCUUGGCGAGCUUCGCCGGCAAGAACCGCGUGCUGGUGAUCUCCGCCCCGCACGACUCGGACGGCUACUACCGCCUGAUGAUGAGCCUGCUGAAGCCGGACGUGUACUGCGAGCUGGCGGAGCGGCACGUGCAGCAGAUCGUGGUGUUCCACCAGGAGGGCGAGGCGGGCGGGAAGGUGCGCCGCAUCACCAGCGAGGGCAAGGUGGUGGAGGAGCCGCUGGACGCCGGCCUCGUCCCGCGGCUCAUGAACUUCCUGAAGCUGGAGAGGGGCAAGUUCGGCAUGGUGCUCCUGAAGAAGACGCUGCAGGUGGAGGAGCGCUACCCGUACCCGGUCAGGCUGGAGGCCAUGUACGAGGCGAUCGACCGCACGCCCAUGCGCAAGCUGGAGAAGAGCCGGCAGCGGGGCUUCGUGCAGAAGUGCAAGGGCGCCGGCGUGGAGGGGCAGGUGGUGGAGGAGGGCGGCGCCGGCGCUCAGGUGGACACGCGUGUGGAGAGGAAGCCCGUGCUCCGUAAGCCGGUCCGCCGACCCGCUCAGACCACCACCACCCUGGCAACCACCACGACGACCACCACCACGGCAACCGCAACCAGGCCAACGACUACCACAACCACCACGACACGUCCCACCACGACUACGAGGGCCACCACCACCCCGACAACCGCCACACGUCCCACCACGACCACGAGGGCCACCACCACCACGACAACCACCACACGUCCCACAACCACUACCACCACCACCACCACCAGUCCCCCAACUACCCCCAAGGCCCAAACGCCCCCUCACUGGAUUCCAACCCCCAAAACCACUGCCAAACCUUCCCACCACCUCCCUACGAGGGACAACCGCAAGGACCGACACCGCCACAAAGUCGCACCGGACCCCACAGCUCCCUCCGAGUACUACACCAAGGCCUACACGGGACAGUACGGCGACAAUCGCACGGACAAAAAGGAUUACAACCGCAAGCAAGCCGGCGUGGAGCCCACUCAGCACAAACCCGCCAGAGCCAAACCGCCACAGAAGAAGAAGAAGAAGAACGGCGGGAAAGUGCUGAGCAACGAGUACGAGGAGAUGUACCCAGGAGCGGGGCCCAAACCUGACGACCCAGAGGGGUCUGAGCUGGAGGUCAUCCCCACGAAGAAGGGCAGAGGGAAGCACGGGAAACCGGAGAAGAAGAAGAAGAAGUCUGACCGGCCAGACAAGUCGGCCAAGAGGAAUAAACACGACAAGAAGGCCAAGGCUGCUAAGGAGGGCAAGGGAGACAGUCGCAACAGAAGGCCUGGAAAGAAGGCCUCCAAGAACAAGGACAAAGACACCUUCCAGAAGCCCUCAAAGAAAACGCCUCCGCCUAAAGGCGCUUUGGCGUCCUUCUUCGAUUACUUUGAAAGUAGAAGACGUCUUAUUGUGAUCACCUCUCCACACGAGGAGAACAACAUGUACAUCCAGCAGAGGGACGAGUACCUGGAGAGCGUGUGUGAGAUGGCCCUCAGGAAAGUCUCCAUCAUCACCAUCUUCGGGGCCUUGACCAACAGCACCAUGAAGAUUGACCACUACCAGCUGGAGCACGACAAGCCCAUGAAAGGCAUGAGGCAUGAGGACCUGGUGAACAAGGACCUCAUCAUCCAGAUCCGCAAGGAGUUCGGCAUGAUGUACAACGACUUCCUCAUGGUGCUGACUGACUUUGACAUGAAACUGAAGCAAUCCUACGAAGUCCCCAUAGCCAUGAAGGCGGUGUUCGAUCACAUCGACACGUUCACAUCGCGGAUCGACGAAAUGGCGCAGCAGAAGAAGGAUGGCGUGGUGUGUAAGAAGGAAGACAAACCCAGAUCUCUGGAGAACUUCCUCUCAAGGUUCCGCUGGAGACGUCGGCUGUUCAUAAUCUCCGCCCCCAAUGACGAAGAAUGGGCCUAUCAGCAGCAGCUGUACGCCCUGACCAGCCAGGCCUGCAACCUUGGCCUGCGGCACAUCUCCAUUCUGAAGCUGGUCGGCGUGGACGCGGUGGACAUGGGCGGUGUCCUGGAGCUGUACCCCAUCAACGGAAGCGCGACUGUGGAGCGCGAGGGCAUCUCGGCCGCCCUGGUGAAGGACAUCCGGAACUACUUCCAGAUCAGCCCGGAGUACUUCUCCAUGCUGCUGGUGGGCAAGGACGGGAACGUCAAAUCCUGGUACCCUUCCCCGAUGUGGUCCAUGGCCAACAUCUACGACCUGGUGGACUCCAUGCAGCUGCGCAGGCAGGAGAUGGCCAUCCAGCAGUCUCUGGGCAUGCGCUGUCCGGAGGACGAGUACGGUGGCUACGGUUACCAUCACCACGGUUACCACGAUGGCUACCAGGACGGCUAUCACCAGGGAUAUGGCUACUAAGGGGAGUGACGUAACCCUUGACCCCCGCUGAGGUUUGUUUAUAUUUUCAGUUAAGGUAAUGACAGGGUCAAAGUGCAAGCCACCAUCCCCCCCCCCCCCCUCCCCCGCCUUUUUUUUUCUUCUUCAUAUUAUUCAUAUUCAAUGUGUUUGAAUGGGCCACACGUUUCUUUCAGUCACAAGCUGAAGACAUAUAAUUUCAACAUUUAUGGACGUUUCUGUUCUUGAUAAAGUUGUGUGUAGAUAUAUUCUUUUUUUUAUGCCACAUAUUUUAUUUAUUGGAAGCUCUAGUUGAGGUGGUUUAAUUUUGAAAUGGCAUUAAACUAUACAGUACGACAUUGUUGGAUCUAAUCUUCAACAUGAAAAAUGUAUUUCUGUUUAUGUCUUAUUGUUGAAAGUUAUUUAAAUGCAGUUCCACUGUACAGUGCCACUGUAUACUGAUGAAUAAAGCCCUCAAUUUAUUACCAAA